CCCACCCGUACCCGGGAGGGGAGGGGACCAGAGUCAUCGGGAACUCGCCCAGGCGCCCCCGCCCGCCCGUCUUUUACCCGCUGCUUCCUGUGCCUCCCGCAGCCUCUCCUAGCCUCCCCCAUCGGGCUCGCUUUGGGACCUCGCAUGCCCGGUUCUGAGCCUCUCCCUGCGGAGCUGCUUCCCCCGAAGUUCCCAGCAGGCUCCCCCCGCCUCCGCCCUGCAAGCAGUUGGGUCUAGAGGGUCCCACCACUUGGGGCUUCGCCUCCGUGUUCUCAAGCCGCAUGUCCCGGAAGUCAGCCUCGCACGCAGAGAAAGACGACGGUGCCAUGGCGGGUGGUGAGGGGUACCGGAACCCCACUGAGGUGCAGAUGAGCCAGCUCGUGCUGCCUUGCCACACCAACCAGCGCGGCGAGCUGAGCGUCGGGCAGCUGCUCAAGUGGAUCGACACCACGGCCUGCCUGUCCGCCGAGAGGCACGCUGGCUGCCCCUGCGUCACCGCCUCCAUGGACGAUAUCUAUUUUGAGCACACCAUCAGUGUUGGACAAGUGGUGAAUAUCAAGGCCAAGGUGAACCGGGCCUUCAACUCUAGCAUGGAGGUGUGUGGGGUGGGCAUCCAGGUGGCCUCUGAGGACCUGUGCUCCGAGAAGCAGUGGAACGUGUGCAAGGCCUUGGCCACCUUUGUGGCCCACCGGGAACUCUCCAAGGUGAAGCUGAAGCAGACCACGCCGCAGACGGAGGAGGAGAAGACCGAGCACAGUGUGGCGGCUGAACGGCGGCGCAUGCGGCUGCUCUAUGCGGACACCAUCAAGGACCUCCUGGCCAACUGCGUCAUUCAGGAUGAUCUGGAGAGUAGAGACUGCAGCUGCAUGGUGCCGGCCGAGAGGACCCGCGUGGAGAGCGUGGAGCUGGUGCUGCCCCCCCACGCCAAUCACCAAGGCAAUACCUUUGGGGGCCAGAUCAUGGCCUGGAUGGAGAACGUGGCCACCAUCGCAGCCAGCCGGCUGUGCCGAGCCCACCCUACGCUGAAGACCAUUGAGAUGUUCCACUUCCGGGGCCCCUCCCAGGUUGGGGACCGCCUGGUGCUCAAGGCCAUCGUCAACAACGCCUUCAAGCAUAGCAUGGAGGUGGGCGUGUGCGUAGAGGCUUACCGCCAGGGUGCUGAGACCCAACGGCGGCACAUCAACAGCGCCUUCAUGACCUUCGUGGUCCUAGACACGGAUGACCAGCCUCGGACUCUGCCCUGGAUUCGGCCCCAGCCCGGGGAUGGCGAGCGGCGGUACCGAGAGGCUAGUGCCAGGAAGAAGAUCCGACUGGACAGGAAGUACAUUGUGUCCUGUAAACAGACAGAAAUGCCCAUCUCUGUCCCCUGGGACCCGAGCAACCAGGUGUACCUGAGCUACAACAACGUCUCCUCCCUGAAGAUGCUCGUGACCAAGGACAACUGGGUGCUGUCCUCGGAGAUCAACCAGGUCCGCCUGUACACCCUGGAGGACGACAAGUUCCUCUCCUUCCACAUGGAGAUGCUGGUGCAGGUGGAAACAAUCCAGGCCUUCCUGCUGCUCUCAGACCUGCUUCGGAGGCCCGAGUGGGACAAGCACUACCGGAGCGUGGAGCUAGUGCAGCAGGUGGACGAGGAUGAUGCCAUCUACCACGUCAUCAGCCCUGCCCUUGGCGGUGACGCCAAGCCCCAGGACUUUGUGAUCCUGGCCUCUCGGCGGAAGCCGUGCGACAACGGGGACCCCUAUGUCAUCGCGCUGAGGUCCGUUACACUGCCCACGCACCCCGAGACACCAGCAUACAGGCGCGGGGAGACCCUCUGCUCAGGCUUCUGCUUCUGGCGAGAGGGGGACCAGCUGACCAAGGUGUCCUACUACAACCAGGCUACCCCGGGCUUUCUCAACUACGUGACCACCAACGUGGCUGGUCUCUCUUCUGAGUUCUACACCACCGUCAAGGCUUGUGAGCAGUUCCUCUUGGACAACCGGAGCGAUCUGGCCCCCAGCCUCCAGACCCUCUAGGCAACCCUCAGUGGCCACCUCCUGCCCACGCCCACUCUAUCCGGUCCGCAGGGACGGGACACACGUGCAGUGCAUUGA